GUGUGUGGCUCAGAGCACCAUGAACGCGAAUUUCACCACCAACUUCUUCGGAGGUUACUUGCGCGUUGAUGUCGGACCCAAUCGCAAUCAGAUCCGCGUGCAGGCGAACCUACCGGACUGGAUUAAGUCAGUUACACCCAAGCAAGAAUACAUUGUGGAAAAAUACACUCUGCCGACCAGCUUUUCCUCCCUCACGGACGUCAAGCACAUUAUCAUGUCCUUCAGCCCUUCCUCCUGCUACCCCAUCUACAACACCACCAAAGUAACCCCUGAACAGGCCGUCCCCGCAUACCUUGCAUCAGGAUCAGACAUCUGCCUCUCCUGCUACGUCUACCUCACCUUCUCCUUCCUCGACGAGGCCACGGCGAGUCAGAUCGGCAGCAUUUGCACGGAAACAGACAACGGCAUGCUGCGCGGGUACAUCUGCUCCACGGACGAGGGGGCUGACGUCACGGAGGCGCAGGCGUUUGGGAGUCCGCCAGUGGUGAAUGGCGGCGGGACGUCGGUGGGGUUUCUCUACACGGAGAUGUUUGUGCGCCAGCCCGCUGGCUCCACCAUGCGCCUCCCCUCCGUCCAAGUGGAUCCCCUGGCCAUAAAGGGAAUUGGGUACAUCAUGGUGCCAUCCAAGGGACCCACUCCUCUCCCUGGGGCCUUUGACGCCAUGCCCUUCAUUGCAGGCAACGACAGCAAGGCGUCGCUCGCAACUACCCCAUUCAGCAGCAACACAGUGCAGACAGUCACACCCACCGCCUUCCCUGCGCUCUCUAUGAGUGCUGCUGCCAACCAGUCGCUCACUCUCAAUGCCAGCAUCAUCCCCCCUGCUGCCCCUGGUGCCGCUGCUGCCUCAUACAACCUCUCAUUCUACAUUGGCAAUGUGGUAUGUGUCUUCAGUACCCUAACGCCUCUUCCUUCCAGAUAA